GGCCCAGGACCCCCAGUGACCCCACACCACGGGGUACCUGGACACCCAAUGCGAGGCAGUGUGCGUGCAGUCCAUUUGCAUGGAAGGGAUAAGGGGAACCCCCCCGGAAACGCAUGGCCCAGGCAUUAACCAAAUCAACCCCUAAUAAUAAACCUCUCGAGCGAGGCAAGGGCUCAGGGCUGCAGCUCCCAUUGCCAUGGCAGGAGCCGAGGGGGAUUAGACACCGACAGACGCAUGGCUGGGCCGCGUGCCGGAGGGGAUGCCGUGCCCAACUGCACGGAGCAGCAGUACUGGGACACACUGGUCUGCCAGUGCAUCCCCUGCAGCCUCGUGUGCGGGCGCCCUGCCGUGAGGAGGUGCGCGGCUCUGUGCGAGUCCAUGGACUGCAACAGGAAACCCGGCUUCUACUAUGACAAGCUGCUGAAAAACUGCAUCAACUGCAGCACGGUUUGCGGGCAGCAUCCCAAGCAGUGCAGCCCGUCCUGCGAAGCGGGUGCCCUGGGGGUCACCCCAAUGCCGGCCUCAGCACCCGCACUGGAGCAGAAGAUGUCCCCGGAGCAGGAGCCGUGGCUGGUGGUGUACCUGCUGCUGGGGCUCUGCCUCUGCGCCCUGCUCUGCUCCCUGCUCCUGGGCUGGACCCACCUGCGGAGGAAGGGAGAGGGGGUCUCCUGCCAAGACAGCGCCGGGACCUGCCACCGCAGGGAGGACUCCUCCAAAGACCAUCUGGUGGAAGCAGGCAGCGUUGGGGAUGGAUCCACCGGGAGCAGGGUCCCAGAGCCGGUGGAAACCUGCGGCUUCUGCUUCCCUGGGCAAGGCUCUGCUGUACAAGAGACCAAAUCAUGCCCCAGCACCUCCUGUCCCACUGGGGAAAGAGCUGCUCCCUGUCACAGCGGGAUCUGCAGCACGGGGAGCGCUGGGGCCAUGCCCAGCCCUGAUGAUGGCCACUUCAAAAUCAUCUGUUCUCCUUCCCAAGAGAAGACGCCCAUGGUGUGAUGCCCAUAGCAUCAGGGUCAGGAAGGAGGGAUGCUCCCUCUGCCCCCAGGACACGGCUGCUUCACCCUCUGUUUCCAGUGACUCUAACAGCUUCUUCCAGAACCCUUUGCCCAAGGGCUGUAGGUUACAGUGCUGUCUUCUUCCACUCAGGAAUUCUCCUUAUAUAUUCCCAGUGAAAGAAGUCUUUUCCCAUUUAGCAGUGCCUUCAUCCUCUGACUUGACCUCUGCAGGCUCCUCCACGCAGCCCAUCCAUUGGAAGUGAUGGCUCACUGGGGUUUUUCAUCCUGGUUCCACCAGCAGCAUCACUUCGUCUCAGCAAAGGGUCAGGGUCAGACUGUGGUGUCCCCAUGGAAAUGACCCCUUUCCCUGCUUGAGAACUCGACUGGGCAACACAAGCGAUUGCAAGCAGAGCUGUAAGCACCUCAAAGAUGGAUUCACACCCAACAAGUCACUCAUGGAAGUUACAACGCCCAUGGAAUGCCAUUGCCAUGUUCUCAGGUGUAGUUUUCUGUCUUUAAUAUGGGUUUUGUUCCAGGACAUUGUAUUUGCUAAGACACAACAUUGGAAUCUCCACUGCCCCCUUUCAACGCUGCUUGGGAAGGGAGGACAGGACAUGGGUGACGGUGAGGCUUUGCCUUGCGACAGGAGGCGAUGCUCCAUGGGACAGGCACCAAAUCCCUGAUGGGAUUGGGUUUAACAGCAAAACUCAUCCAAGGCUGAGAACUUUCUGAGACUGCAUUUAUGCCUGUCUGCUUUGGGUUACUCAAACCAGCUGGGAAAGGAGAUGAAGCAGCUACAGAUCCAGCUGCUUUGAGGGCAGGCUCUAUCUGACCUGGCUUUGGAAGCUGCUGUGGAAGACCCUGCGUUUCCAUAUGUAACUUGAAGUUCUCAUUUUCACUAAAGAGCAUAGGAAUGGUUUGCUUGGUGAGAAAUCACCCCUGGUAGGAGCUCAUCCCUUCCACUGCCUAAAACCAGAGCUUCCAACUUGGAAGAAUAAACAUGAGCC